AUGGGCUGGUUCACUCUGAGGGCCCUUCGACGCCGUUCUGCUUUCGGUAUUCUCUUGGUUAUUCUCCUCCUCCUAUCCUACUACGGGCUCCUCUCGAAAACGUCGCACAUUCUCCGCUCCAUCUCCCAACCCACCAGAUACCUCGAUCCCGGCGCAAGCGAAGCUACAGCCGAGUCCACACCUACGAGCGAGCAGCGGCCGACAAACUCCAGUUCUGACUCUCCUACUGCACGUCCGAUCGUCGAGAACGCAACGAUGUAUCUACAUGCUAUCAUGGAUCCCGACAACAGGGAAUUGGAGGGCCUGGCCUGUCCGCGUCUCAACUCUAAGCGAUACAACUAUUUGAAGCCAAAAUCCCCCAAAGAGCCUAGCUACUUUUUCGCUCUCGAUCUACGAGAAAUCAUUACAUUAUUACCCAGGCUGAUGGGGUCUAUUGUCGAGGUGGUGCGGUUUCUUGGCCCACGCCACUGCGUUUUAUCAGUCGUCGAGGGCAAUUCCCAGGACGGGACCUCCGAGGUUCUUAGUCUGCUCCGGAAGGAAAUCGAGGCUCUCGGUGCGCAAUAUCAUUUUCUCCGUAGCGAUAUCAACCCGUCCACCAGCGGCGAUCGUAUUGGCGACCUCGCGGCGCUUCGGAAUCUCGCGCUUGAGCCCCUGACAAGCAACGAGGUCGGGUUUAAUCACGAAACAACUGUCAUCUUUCUGAAUGAUGUGGCCAUCUGCCCUGAGGACAUCCUGGAACUGGUACACCAGAGGCAACGUAUCGGCGCGGAUAUGACUUGCGGCUUUGAUUGGACAUACGUCGGAGAACAUCCAACCUUUUACGAUGUUUGGGUUGCUCGUACCAUCACAGGCGACUCAUUUUUUGAGAUUCCACCCGACGGAAAUUGGGAUUCGGCAUGGAACCUGUUCUGGAACUCACCAGAGGAUCGUGUAAGGUUCCAAAGUCACAGUCCUUUCCAAGUAUUCUCGUGUUGGAACGGCGCUGCCGUGUUCACUGCUCGUCCCCUGUGGGACAAAGGCAUCCGGUUCCGUGCUCCGUCACCCGAAGAAUGUUUCCAGGGUGAGCCACAGCUCUUCUGUAAGGACCUCUGGCAUGCGGGAUUUGGCAAGAUCGCUGUGAUCCCUAGCGUCAAUCUUGAGUACGACAACGAACACGCGAUUAAAAUUAAGGCCUUGAAAGGAUACGCUUCCCAAUGGGUUGAGCAGGAACCAAAUGACAUACCGGUCAUCGAAUGGAAAAUUAGUCCUCCUGCAAAGAUUAAAUGCAUGGCGAGCUACGACAACCAGGAAUGGAGGCCAUGGGAUGAGGGACUCUUUGAGUCUUGA